UUUUAACGUCCCGUACCUACAAGCAGAGUUAAGAUGUAUUUACUGUGUUGCAAGUAUAUAAGGAGAUGAUAAUUUUGCAAUCAGUGUGUAGUCUGUUUAUAUUCGUUACCGUAACAGUAUGUGUCUUAUAUAAUUUGUCUCCUCAGAAUUAAACCAUGCUAAAGUACAUUUUGGUCAGCGUCAUCACGUGUCUGGCCGCCUGGUUAUACCUCAAGUGGGUCCGGGUGAAGAACUACUGGGCGGAGCGCGGCGUGCCCUGUCAACCCCCCAACCCCUUGGUGGGGAGCCUCACGUUCCUGCAGCGACAUAAUCCUGGUAUUUGGCUCCGGCAGCUGUACGACUCCAGCACUCCCUACGUGGGUAUCUGGUUGCUAUGGCGACCAGCACUGGUGGUGAACUCGCCGGAGAUAGCGCGCCGGAUUCUCGUCAAGGAUUUCGCCAACUUCAGGAACAGAUACCUGAGCUCCGGGGAGUCAGAUCCUAUUGGUGGACUCAACUUGUUCACCGUCAAUGAUCCAAUCUGGUCAACCAUGAGGAACCGUCUGACCGCGGUGUUCACGGCGGCCAAGCUCAGGGUGCUGCAGGACUACAUCGGGCUCAAAGCCAAGGAGCUCGCGCAGAGGAUUCAUAACGACAUCAAAAAUCCUAUAAACCUCAAAGUUAUGUUUGUAGAUUAUACAACUGACAUCAUCGGCACAUCUGCAUUCGGAGUGGAGAGUAACGCCACCCUGACUGGCAAGGGGCCCAUGAGGUCCAUCACAUAUGACUUCGGAAAGUUUGGCCUCAUGAGGGGACUCUCGUGGUGCAGCAUAUUCUUCUUCCCACAAUUAGUUGACUGUUUUAGGUUAAAAUUCUUUCCAAAAGAAUCAGAAAACUACUUAAAAGAUGUCUUUAGAAAGAUCGUCAAAAAUCGCGAGCAAAACGCGACAGGAACGAAUGAAGCAAAAGACUUACUCGACGCUUUGAUCAAAAUUAAAAAAGAAAAGAUGGGUGAUGAAGUGGUAUCAGAGGAUCUGUUGAUAGCACAAGCAGCUAUUUUUCUUUUCGGUGGUUUCGAAACAUCCGGGAGUAUUUUGGCUUUUACAACCUACGAAUUGGCCUUCAACCCUGAUGUACAGGUAUGUUACAUUAUAAAUUAUCUAUUUAUCCAUCAUCUAUAAAUAUUAAAAUAUGUC